UCGGAAGUCAGUUGCAAAACGAUUUCGCUAUCGUCAAGUAUUGUGGUUAGUGCGGUUAUGUGCAGUGAUAACUUGAAAAAUAUUGUUGAAAUCAUUGUUUCGUAUCAGUUUAUUUAAAUUUGGAUGUUCUUUUGGUGUUUGGACUGCGAACCGGCAACAUAGAAGAGUGGAUUUCAGUGCGUUUCUCUUGUUAAGUGACAGUGAAAUUGCAGGUCACAUUAAACUCCGAUUCUAGCUGUUUUUUCCACCGAAUCUUACCUGUCUGUGUAAGUUUGGAAGACUAUCGAAGAAAUCUCCCAAUCUUCUGGCUCCAUACCAGAAUAACUAACUCAGUGAUUCAGUGAUGUAUUCCAACAUGGCGGCCGCAGUGACAGACGCGAGAACCGUCAAGUGAGUGACGCAAGAUGUCACCGGACAAACGCAAAAGGAGGAGAGAAGAUAGAAAAAAAAGGACUUGCCGUUAGUUUUUAAUAAAGUAUAAUAUAACAAUGAUCUCACAGUAUUUAUAGUGCUCAAGCUUUAAGACUGAUAGACUUUUUAAUACGGUAACUUGCAAAAGAAACGAUGAUCGCGUUGAAGAAGCUCUAUGGUGACGAGUUGCUUCGUCUGGCUCUGGUGCUGAGUCUUCUCAAAGUGGAUCCGAACGACUAUUUAGAAUCGGAGACUCAGCAGCUCUUAGCCGGGCUCCACAUCUCCAACGGAUCCGACUGGGGCGACCAGGAAGCGAGAACUCUCAUCAGACCGAGAUUCGUCCACCCGAAAUCUCUGGACAACAUACUGAUCAACUACGAAAGACAACUGUUCGAGGAACUGAACUCGCUCGGUCGAUACGGGAGCUCGUUCACCGAAAACAAUAUCCAGUGGAAUAAUCGGGGCCCUGUUUUGCAUACAUACUUAGUGAAUAAUGUGGCGACGGACACAGUAGUGCCCGAGCUCGCGGCGGGGAACGACACGAGCGACGGCGUGUCCGCCGACGACAAUGUCGCACAGGAGGUCAAAGUUGAAGACGUAGAGAGAGACACACCCGACGUCGUCGUCACUCUCUCCGCCGACUACUUCAACAACAGAACAGAAGAAGAACACACGAAACCUGAUUCUGAUGAAGACACAAAAGUUGACUUUGAAGCUUUCGAGGAAACGCCGAGUAGGAGAGCGGAGGCAGACAUCUUUGAAGAAAUAGCGACACGCACUUUUGAUGUCAACGACUUCUUCCAAUCUGAAGAGAUGCAGAUCAAAAAGGAACCCGAAGAGGUGCUGGAGGUCAGAGUUAAGAAGGAACAAGAAGAUCUGUACGACGAUAAUGCUAUGGACGAAUUCGUUCCUUACUUCACGGCUAAAGCAGAGAAAUUCCAAUAUGGAGAACCCAACUCUGUCUUUGACCAAAACCUUGCUGAUCUUCAAGACUAUGGCGAUAUUUUCGAAGACGUAAAAGAACUGAGGAACUUGGAAUAUCUAGACGUGAAACAGCAACAGGAUAACCUAGAACAGUAUCUCAUGGAAAACACGCCUUUAGAUACAGAAGUGUAUCAGCCGAUGUUUGACGACGACGAGCUGGUUUUGGGCGUGAAGAGGGAGCGAGCCAGCACGAGCUUCACGUCGGCUAGUUCCAGUGGUGUGAGUGAGAUGGACGUGGCGUCGCCGCCGCCGAACGUGAAGCUGGAGCCUGAUGAGGGGCAUCACAGUGGAGACGAGCUCACGCAAGAGGACAUGGAUCUCAUCGAGGUGCUGUGGAAGCAGGACGUCGAUAUGGGCUUCUCGCUCGAGGAUCCCAUACAACCGUCGGCUCCGCACGCUACCAAGGUGGAGCUCGGAGACGAGAUCGACAAGGAACUGAAGAUCGCAGAAGAGAAGAUCCAGCAGAAGAAAGAAGAUAUCGAGAAGGUGAAGGCCUCGCUGCUCAACCCUGAUGAUAAGGAGGAUGACCCCUGGGCUGGCCUCUCCUACACCGUCGACACCGAGACCGGUGAAUACCUGCUUCAGGGUGAGCUGCCCCGCGAGCUCGUCAGCGGGGAGUCCCUGGAGCUUCUGGAGGAGGCGCUCCAGCUGGUGGAACUAGGAGACGAGGCCAAGGAUGAUCAGCCACAGGCGGUAGAGGGCAGCAGCAGCGACAGCGCCAUGCUGCACCCGGCGAUGCGGCAUGUGCCGCACCAUCUCGCCCACUACCAGCACCAGUCGCUGAUGCGGACCAUGUCGGUGGAGCAGCGGUGGCAGGACCUGGCCUCGCUGCUGACCAUACCCCCGCCGCCCGAGCAGUACCAGCACUACCAGCACCACAACCAGCACCACAACAUCAGCGCGCAUGCUCACGCGCACGGCGCUGGUGGCUACGCGCACAACUACCAUGCGCCCAUCGCGCCCAUCCCCGACAAGCACCCUGACGCCUAUGGCGCGGCAGCCACGCCGCUUGAAGGCGCCUACAAGGCGGAGGCCCAUCACCCGCAACACGACAACAUCUACUACCAGAAUGGCACCGGCGAGAUGCCGCCUCCGCCAGCUUCGGAUGGCUUCCUGCAGUCCAUCCUUAACGACGAGGACCUGCAACUCAUGGACAUGGCGAUGAACGAAGGCAUGUACACGAUGCGUAUGCUGGACGGGGCCGCGGGGGGCCACCACGCGCCCCACAACCACUCCCACAUGAUGAUCGCCGAGCGAGACUCGGCGUCCGAUAGCGCCGUCUCAUCCAUGGGCUCGGAGCGCGUGCCAUCUCUUUCUGACGGCGAGUGGUGCGACGGCAGCGACUCUGCGCAGGAGUUCCACAGCUCAAAGUUCCGGCCUUACGACGGCUCGUACGGACGCGAGCGCUCGCACCAACCGCAGAAGAAACACCACAUGUUCGGCAAACGGUGCUUCCAGGAACAAAACCAACCAGCGCCAUCUAUGGAGACCCUGACGCCGCGGCCGGCGGUCGUCAAGUACGAAUGCCCGGAGCAGGCGUACGCGCACGAAAACAUGCAUAUGCACAACGUGGAGUUCGGCGCGCGGCAGCUGGCGCACGCGCACCCCGCGCCCGCGCCGGCGCCCGUGCCCGCCGUGGCGCCCGCCCUGGACCUCAACACCGCGCAUUCCAGCCACGCUUUACUGCAGAAUGGUUUAGCAGCCGGUCCGGCGCGGUACGCGUACGCGACGCCGGAGCGCGUGCGCCACAACCACACCUACUCCGCGCCCGGCCUCCAGCCCGAGCGGCCCGCCACCCGGGACAAGCGAGUUCGCCGGUUGACGGACGGCAGCGUGUCGGACGGCGGGUCGUGCGCCGGCGCCGGGCACCUGUCGCGAGACGAGAAGCGCGCCAAGGCGCUCGGUAUGUAUGGCAUACCCAUGGAAGUCCACGACAUAAUAAAUCUGCCGAUGGACGAGUUCAACGAGCGGUUGUCCAAACACGACUUGAGCGAAGCACAGUUAUCGCUUAUACGGGACAUACGGCGCCGAGGCAAGAACAAGGUGGCAGCCCAAAACUGCCGGAAACGCAAACUGGACCAGAUCACAUCGCUGGCGGACGAGGUGCGCACCGUGCGCGACCGCAAGGUGCGCACGCAGCGCGACCACCACACGCUCACGGCCGAGAGGCAGCGCGUGAAGGAACGCUUCGCCGCGCUCUACAGACACGUGUUCCAAAAUCUCCGCGACGCCGAGGGCAGGCCGCUGUCGUCAGCCCAGUACUCGCUGCAGCAGGCCGCCGACGGAAACGUCGUGCUUGUACCCAAGAUGCAGCACGACCACCCGAUGAACCGGUCCUCGGAGGACGACAUGGACCGCAAGAAACACUACGAGUGACAGUCGGGCUGGUAGCAGACAGACAGACGGACAGACACCGAUACGCGCUACAGCCACGCGUUCAUAAUGAGUUAGCAGCGUUUAUACCUCGUUGAGUGACUGACAUAUUCCAAAAUUAAAAAAAAAACAAAGGGUCGCACUCCGGGAGUGCCGGCAGAAGUGAAAACUCAAUGGCAUUGUAACAGAUUUUCGAUCAGGUCACGUGUACGUCUUACGAAUAUUACGGUCACGUGACCUGUCGCGAGUUUAACAUUUUUUCCCUAUCACAAAAAGUGCACAGCGCCGCUAAAGAAGUUUUCACUUCAAAAACAAUACAUUAACGUAUUUUGGAUUGUGUCACCAUUUUUGAACUGUACGGCAAAUAUAAUAAAUAAUACUUACAACAAUGACACAUUAGAAUUAAAAACAUUGCUGCUAUAGUAGUCGUACUGAUAUCAACUGGCUACUGAGGUCAUUAUGCCAUCUCUUUCACUCUUAGUUGGUCUUAACAAGAGUAAAGCAGAAAGCAUUAUGACCUCAGUCGCCAAUUGGUAUUGCGGUGAGUAUAACGCCAAGUGGAUUAAUAUGAUUUAUUUUAACUAACACAUUGUAGUUAGUUAUAGAUAUAUAAGACGCGUUGUAUACUUGUAUUCGAACAACAAUAUACAAAAAUUGUCUGUCUAAUGUCGCGUGUGGUACUGUCAUUAUACUCAAAAAAGAAAUAUGGAAUGAAAAUACGAUAUAUUGAGAUAAAAAGUCUAAAAAGACUCGAUAAAAAAUUGUCACAUUUACUCAAUAUUUCGUGUUUCUUUCCUGCUAAGAAAAAACUGUCUAAUUGACAGUUAUUUUAUACCUGAAUCUAAGUCUAACAAAAGUAAUAACAUCAGAAAAUAUCCAACACGUGAAACAAAUAUUAUAUGAAGACAAUUAAUAACAACUACAUUUGAAUGUCGACCUUACGAUUAAAGAGAUAAGGUUGAAUGUCACGUGGGCUUCGAUAAUUUGUAUAAACAUAUAAAAACUCACAGAAUCAGUACUCAAAAUGAAGAAUAGACUUAUCAAGGGAUCUACAAAAUAUUUAUAUAAUCAUUUUGCCUCUUUUACAUAUUUUUUAAAUCACAUGUUAAAGAGACAAAUGAAAAAAUCACAUGAUAAGUUUUUUUUCUUAAAAGAAACAAGUGUCUCUGACACUAAAUAUUAUGUAAACGUGAACAUUUGAACAACUUAAUAUAACUUUAAUAAUGUCAGUAUGCCUCUUACUCUCAUGAAAUAUGUUAGAAUUAGGGAAUGCAAAUCGGUUAUUUUUUGUAUGGAAAUAAUCGGUUUUUAACCGAAACCGCGGUCAUUUCCAUACAAAAAAUAACCGAUUUGCAUUCCCUAGUUAGAAUGAGACAUUGAACUGACAUUAGGUAUUACUGACUUGAAAACUUGUAUUAGUUUUUUGUUUAUAGUUCGUUAUUUAGCAUUAGAAAAAAACUACGUCAUCUUGUGGUGCCUUUUAUUUGAAAAACGCUUUUUAUAAAUCAGUAACUAUUACUUAUGAAAGCAAAAUAAUGUAAAUAAUCGUAUAUGAUUCAUAAUUGUUACAUAUUUGCCGUGACUUCUUUUUCAAAAGUGUUUUUCAUUAAAAAGACACGUUAAGAUUGUUUACCUUUUUUCUGAUGCUAAAAAAUGGACUAUAAUGGGAAACCAGUGAAGUUGUGUUGAACAUGAAAUAACAAUACAACACAAAAUUGUUGUAUUUUUGUGAAUCUGUGCUUCAUUCCGAUAGGUAUUUUAAGAAAGGUGAACAAUGUUUUAAAUAAUGACAUAAUUCAUAUGAUAUUUUUACAUUUGAAUUGUGUCUAGCAUAUUUAAGCAGGCGAAUCUAAUAAGAUGCUAUAGUGACAUCUAUGUAUUGAUUUACACUUUUGUUUCUGUUUAAAUAAAUGGUAUGUUUGUUUGUCCUCAUAUCUAACUGAAUAUAACAAACUUAUUUUUCACUACGUAUAAGGUUAACUUUGUAUAAUCAUCGCUAACCAACGCUUUUUCAUCACCGUGUAAAUGAAAAAAAAAAUGUGAUAGAAAGAUUCCAUUUUUAUUUAGUUUCAAAUUAGAUUUUUAGGUUCAAGCUGAUUGCCUAUUCUCUAGAGCUUGGCCUGUUUUUUUGCUUACCAUAAAUGACUGAUAAAAUAAAAAAAUAGAUUAAAAAUAAAAAAAUCAUGGUGUCUCUGACGCCGGCGCGUUGCAAUAAGUAAUAUAGUUUGGCAAGCCAUUUCGGUCAGUAGAAAAAGGCGGCAAAUUUAAAAUUUAUAGGCGCGUAGUGUUCCCUAUAGAAAAUUUGUAUUUCGCGCCUUUUUCUACUGACAAUAUGGGUUUGCCGGAUACAAUAGUUUGUAAACACUUUUUGUAAUAUAUUUUCUUUAUAAGUUGUUUAUUUAUGUAUAAAAUAAUUAAAUAAAAAAAUAAAAAUAGUAAGUAUCUGAUUGUUUUUGUGAAAAGGUUUUGUUUAAACCCGUUUUGGAAGAAAGUACAAAAUUAAAGGCAUGUGUACAUAUGAGUUUAUAUGAAUAUUGCAAAGUGCCCCUUUACCACGGCUUGUGUCAGUAGGUUCUUAAAAUAUAGAAUAGUCUAUGGUCUUAGGAGCUAUUACUUGAGUAACGUGUCUACAGAUCUGUAACGGUAUUUUGAAGUUGAUCAUUUGUUUAUUUUUCGUGAUCUUUUGAAAUGUCGUCACCGAUUGAAAACAUUUCAAAGACAAUACCAAAAAAAAGCUUUAAAACAAAUCGUGCCUACCUCUAAUAAUAAGAGUGGGGUACUCAAAAAUAUUUCAAUGAAAUAAAAAAAAAUAUUUAUUUUAUGUCUAUGGAGAAAGUGUUACCAUUUAAAAUAAAAAAAUGUUUCGUUGUCUUUGAAUUGUUGUUCAAUCGAGCAAAGAUUGAAGAAUGGUGCGAAUAGAGUAGCCAUCGCUUUGUCAAAUAUAUUUUUAAUAAUAAAUGUGUAGGCGGGUACUGCAUUUCACGAUUUAUUUUUAAUUUACCGUUAGGUAAAGGCUGUGGGUAGCUUUUUGUUUUGCCGGCAAACGUCAAAAGUUUUAGGUUAUGUCGCUUUUGGCGCGAUUUGUGGCUGAAGUGAAAAAAAGUUAGCAAACAGUGCUAGAGUCACAGUAAAAUGAAGACUAACCCUUUUCAGGCUUAGUAAGAUGUAUCAGCCACAUGCGAUUCAUUAAAUUGUAACCUUAGCUCUCAGAUUUAAGGUUCAAAUUACACUGUACUUUGGCAAAUACUACCUGGUUUCGUGAUCACCAAAGUGAUGAUUGUAAAAAUUAGGUACUGUCUGAAAAAGGGUUUGAUCUGUGUUAUUGAAAAUUUGUAAGGUAAGUUAUAUUACUUAUUUAUUCCAAGUUGGCUUAGUUAUUUAAUCAGUACAACAAAUAUUUUUACGUUUAAUAAAUAUAAUUAACGCUUUAGUUCUAACCCAAGUUAACACGGAACAAUAAACAAUAGCGUAUUUUUUAAACUUAUAAGGAUUUAAUGAAAUAAACCUAAUAUUGUCAAUAUUUUUUUCUCCAAUAUGCUCGGAAAUGUUCACCUUACUGUAGCAAAAAUACUACGGGAAGUUCUUCGUUAAUGUCAAACUCUAAUUAAAAAACAUCAAACUAUCGCUGUCCUGUUCUAGCGGACGGGAAGUAAAAAAACACUACAGUAAUAACUUAUUACUGUAGUGUUUUUUACUUUUUAAUAAUAAAAAACCGGGCAAGUGCGAGUCGGACUCGCGAACGAAGGGUUCCGUACCAUAAUGCAAAAAAAAAACAAAAAAAAGCAAAAAGAAAACGGUCACCCAUCCAAGUACUGACCCCUCCCGACGUUGCUUAACUUUGGUCAAAAAUCACGUUUGUUGUAUGGGAGCCCCAUUUAAAUCUUUAUUUUAUUCUGUUUUUAGUAUUUGUUGUUAUAGCGGCAACAGAAAUACAUCAUCUGUGAAAAUUUCAACUGUCUAGCUAUCACGGUUCGUGAGAUACAGCCUGGUGACAGACGGACGGACGGACGGACAGUCCCGUUUUACCCUUUGGGUACGGAACCCUAAAAACGCAAACGGCCAAUUAUUAUUGCCGCGAGCCGCUUCUACACGACCCGAUCAGCUAUCAUUUCACGUGUAUGAUCGUGCGAAUACUGCUUAAUAAAAUCAAAGAUUAUUUAUAUUUUUUUUUUAAAUCUCAUCCGUGUGCAUAAAGCUUAUAUAGUUUGUCAAAGGACUUUCUCAUUUCAAACAUAGACAAAGAGAAUCAUACUAUCUUUGUCUUACACUAGUACUAGCACCCAAAAGAAAAGGAUGGGUAUAGUUUUCCUGGUUCUUACUGACUGAAAAGUUGGUUUGACCAACUAUAUUGCACAAUUAUAUUGAAUGAACGAAUACUGAAUGGCAGAAUAAGUUUGUAACUUUAACUUUUAAAAAUUAAUUAAAGAGGGAAAUUGUUUUUGACAUUUUGGAUGUGAAGGUUUGAUUUGAGUGAUGCUUGAUGGUUAAAUAAUAAUUAUUUUAGCUUAUUUCCUCGCAUGUUUGGAGAAAAGCACUAUAUAUGCCUCGGCAGGAAUAGCAAUUCGUGGAUUCGUCUUCUUUGUCGGACUCCGCUUCGCGUCGUCCGACAAAAUCGAAACUCAUCCACGAAUUGCCCUUUCCCGGCCUCUGCAAUAAUGUACUAUUAUGGUUUAAAGGACUCACGUCCAAGUCAUAAAACUUAAAAAAAAAACUUUAUCGCUUCUGUCGUAUGCCGGUAAAAAUCUAGAUUUCUUUUUAAAUCAUGUACCGCUAAGUCGAACUGUUGUAAUAUAUUAUGUAUGUAUAUCAUAAGGUUUUUUAUCUGUAGCCGUAAGUCGAGGAACGUAGUAUAGAGCAUUAUAACGUAAGUCUUAAUAAAAAUACGUCGAAAGUU